AUGUUUAAAUAUGUAUUUUUUGUUAAUUUCAUGAUUCAUAAUACUAUUUCAAUGUCCUUUCUUCCCAUAGAUCCAUCAAAACGCGAAUGUGAGGACUUAUCGGAGCAACAAGCUGACUAUGUAUCAGAAUCGGCGUUGAUGGAAAAGUUGAAGGAUGGUCUGAUUCUUCAUCGGUUAUGGAUAGGCCUAGAUGUUUUUGAGACCGAUGAAAAGGGUAAGACCAUUUCGUCUACGAAACCGCUCACUGAAGGAACUGUUUUCUCUCUAUGCGGAUCUCUUCGUGGACAAGCUGGUUUGUUUGUCGGCAAAGCUAUAUCAACUGAUGUUAUCAACGAGGAGCCGAAAAUUCCAUUUGGAAGCGCAAGCACCCAAUCGCUGAAAGGCUCGGUGGUUUUUAUGCGGAAGGGCAAUUUUUUUGUUCGCGGCUAUGUCCACCUACUGCCUCUACCUUCCAAAGAUGGUAGUGAAGGGUUCAUGGGGAUGGAUGUCAAAAUUCCUCCUACGCAUCUCUACUUUGGACCUAUUCAGGAGACCUCGCAUUCGUUUCUCUUCCAUGUACGUGAGUAA